UCUUCUUUGUUUCCCUCCUCGUGUCAGCUGCAGGGAAAAUUUCAUCUAAAUGGAAUGAACAAGGUUGGAGAUAUCAUUCUGGGUGGACUGUUUCCAGUCCACUUUUUCUCAAGUGUUCCUCAUCCAUCUUUUACCUCAGAGCCACAACAGCCUACUUGCCAUGGUUUCUAUGUACAAGGAUUUAGGCAGGCACAAACCAUGGCAUUUGCUAUUGAUGAAAUCAACAGAAAUGCCAAUCUGUUACCUAAUGUGACUCUGGGAUACACUCUUUAUGACAACUGUGUUGAACUUGGAAUUGGAUUCCGUGGAGCAUUAUCAUUAGCCGGCGGUCAAGAGGAGCAGAUUAUAUCAAAUGGUACAUGUACUGGAAAUCUUCCUGUUCUAGGGAUUGUGGGUGAUUCUUCCUCUACACCUUCUAUUGCCAUCUCCAGUGUCUUAGGUUUAUACCGAGUACCGAUAGUGAGUUAUUUUGCCACAUGUUCUUGUUUGAGUGACCAUCGAAAAUAUCCAUCCUUCUUUAGGACGAUUCCAAGUGAUGCUUUCCAGGUACGUGCUAUAAUUAAAAUUCUAAAACAUUUUGGCUGGACUUGGGCAGGUCUGCUUAUCAGUGAUGAUGAUUAUGGACGCCACGCUGCCAGAUCCUUACAUUUCGAGCUAAGUUUGUCUGGUGAAGGGUGUCUAGACUACAUUGAAGUUUUACCUUGGGACAAAGACACAGAUGAACUCAGGAGGAUUGUGAAUGUGAUGAAAAAAUCAACAGCUCGUGUGGUCAUUGCCUUUGUACAUGAGAGUCACAUGAUAAACCUUAUGGAAGAGGUAGUAAAGGAGAAUGUAACAAGUCUACAGUGGAUGGCCAGUGAAGGCUGGACAGCAACAGCUGGUGUGCUCCAAACACCUCAGUUCAUGCCAUACCUGGGUGGUACACUGGGCAUUGCUAUUCGUCGAGGGGAAAUACCAGGGCUCAGGGAAUUCCUAUUACAAAUACGUCCUGACCUACAUCACAACAAUAACAAUGGAAAUAGCAUGGUGAAUCAGUUUUGGGAAUUUACAUUUCAGUGCAGAUUUGCACCAGCUCCAGCAGGCUGGCUGGAAGGUGGAGGUGCACUAUGCACUGGACAGGAAGAUCUAGAAAAUGUGAACACUGAGAUCUUGGACAUUUCCAACCUCCGGCCUGAGUAUAAUGUGUAUAAAGCUGUUUAUGCCCUGGCAUAUUCCCUUGAUGACAUGCUGCAGUGCAACCCAGGAAGAGGGCCUUUCAGUAGGCAAAGCUGUGCCACUUUGCAAUCACUGCAGCCAUGGCAGCUUCUUUAUUACUUGGAAAGGGUAAAUUUCUCCACUCCAUUUGGGGAUCAAGUGUCAUUUGACGAAAAUGGUGAUGUGGUGCCAAUUUACGAUGUGAUGAACUGGUUGUGGCUCCCUGAUGGAAGCACUAAAGUUCAGAAUGUGGGUGAGGUUAAGAGCUCAGCUUUAUACGGGGAAGAACUCAUACUUGAUGAAGACAAGAUUUUCUGGAACUUUAUUUCAAAAAAGCCACCUCGAUCAGUAUGCAGUGAAAGCUGUCUUUCUGGUACCCACAUGGUGAGAAAGAAGGGGGAACCCAAAUGCUGUUUCGACUGCAUCCCUUGUUCUGAGGGAAAAGUCACUAAUGAGACCAACUCGUUGGAGUGCACCAGUUGUCCAGAGGAUUUUUGGUCAAACCCCCAGCGUGACCACUGCGUUCCCAAGAAGACAGAGUUUCUGUCCUACCAUGAGCCUCUGGGUAUUUGUCUGACAGCUACCUCACUGCUGGGCACAUGUAUAUGUGCUGUUGUUCUAGGGAUCUUUAUCUACCAUCACAGAACACCUAUAAUACGUGCCAAUAAUUCAGAACUUAGUUUCCAGGUACUGCUGUCACUCAAGUUGUGCUUUCUUUGUUCACUGCUGUUCAUUGGACGACCCAGACUGUGGACAUGCCAACUCAGGCAUGCAGCAUUUGGGAUCAGCUUUGUGCUGUGUGUCUCAUGCAUCCUGGUAAAAACCAUGGUUGUUCUGGCUGUGUUCAAAGCCUCCAAGCCAGGAGGGGGAGCCAGUCUGAAGUGGUUUGGUGCUAUGCAGCAGAGAGGAACAGUUCUGUUUCUUACAUCUAUUCAGGCAGCCAUCUGCACUACCUGGCUUGUUUCUUCCUCUCCAACUCCACAUAAAAACACCCAAUACCAAAAUGAUAAGAUUGUUUAUGAGUGUGCAUUUGGGUCCACUGUGGGUUUUGCAGUGUUAUUGGGUUAUAUUGGUAUACUGGCUUUCCUCAGUUUUUUAAUUGCAUUCCUGGUAAGGAAUCUCCCUGAUAGUUUUAAUGAGGCCAAGCUCAUCACAUUCAGCAUGCUGAUCUUCUGUGCUGUGUGGGUGGCCUUUGUUCCUGUCUAUAUCAGCUCACCAGGAAAUUAUGCAGAUGCAGUGGAGGUAUUUGCUAUCCUGGCCUCAAGUUUUGGACUCUUGAUCACACUGUUUGGACCUAAAUGUUACAUAAUCCUGUUGAGACCAGAACUGAACACGAAAAAAGCUAUAAUGGGUCGUGGCACUUAG